AUGUCAGAGUUCUCCAAUGAGCACAACUAUGGUGUUGUUAUUGAUGCUGGUUCAUCAGGCUCCAGGGUCUACGUGUACAAGUGGGAGGACCCCAGCUUCACUGCUGAUCAAGCUAAUGAGGAAGAACAACAUUCUGUUCCCAAAAUAUACUUAGACAAAGAAUGGACUUAUAAGAUUACACCAGGUCUCUCAUCUUUCUCCUCAAAGCCUAAACAGGCCUUCAAAAAGCAUAUCAAACCUUUGCUCGAAUUCGCUGAGCGAAACGUUCCUAAGGAACGAUUGCAUUCCACACCUGUAUUUAUCCAGGCCACGGCUGGCAUGAGACUUCUCCAAGAAAAGAAAAGGGCAGCUAUAUUGAAUAAUCUAUGUUAUGAAAUGAAAAAGUUCGAUAGCUUCACGAUAGAGGAUUGUGAGUCUCAAAUUCAAAUUAUUGAUGGAGAAACGGAAGGGCUUUACGGUUGGAUUGGACUAAAUUACCUACUUGGAAAUUUUAAUGAUUAUCGCACUGAGAGUGGCAGCUCUCACAAGUCAUCUGGCUUCAUGGAUAUGGGGGGUGCCUCCGCGCAAAUAGCUUUCGUACCGAGUAAUGAAGCGGAAGUUGAAAGACACGAUGAUGACAUCUCUACAGUGACUCUAAGAAGUGUCAAUGGUGACGCACAGAACUGGAGAGUUUUCGUGAGCACCUGGUUAGGUUUUGGUGCGAAUCAAGCUCGGAGCAGGUAUCUAGCUCAGGCCGUCAACAGCCUUUCUGAAAAUACCAACGACGACGAUGACGACGAUUAUACUACGCGCACGCUCACUGAUCCGUGUAUGCUCAAGGGUUCCUCUAGCGAAUUCAAGUUCAAAGGCCGAGACUUCAAAGCCUUUGGUUCCGGAAAUUACGAACAUUGCUCGAAAUCAAUUUUUCCCCUACUUCGUAAAAGCACCCCUUGCAGAGAGGAACCUUGUCUAUUUGACGGAGUUCAUGCACCAGCAAUCGACUUUUAUAAAGACAAAUUCGUUGGAACAUCGGAAUUUUGGUAUACAGCAAAUGAUGUCUUCCAGACUGGAGGUGAAUACAAUUUCUAUGAAUUUAGCCGCGAAGUCAAAGAGUUUUGCGAAACUGAUUGGAGUGAGAUUGAAAAACUGAGCAAAUCUGGAAGAUUUAAGGAUCUGUCUCCAAAACUUCUUUUAGACAGCUGCUUCAAGGCCAAUUGGAUUCUCUCUGUAUUACAUGAAGGUUUUGAGAUGCCAAGAGUCGGCAUUGAGGUACCCAAUAACGACGACAAAGACGCAAAUGUUGAUACGGAGAAGGUGGUCGCUGCUGCUGCUGCUUUCCAAAGCACUGAUUCCGUUAAUGGGCAUGAGCUCUCAUGGACACUGGGUAAAAUCGUACUGUAUGUCUCUGCACUGGUUGCAGAUGGUCAGAGCAGUGUAUCGGUUGGAAUUAAGCCCAGCGCUAAUGACAUGAAUAAGUUCAACAAAAAAUUUAUCCCUGGAGCGACCGGUUUAGUCAAAAAUGGGAACAAUGUCUUUCUACACUCGUGGUUGUCUGUUUUUAUGUUUUUGCUUAUGAUUUCUUUUGUCUCUGCUCUGGUAGGACGCAAAGUCCUCAAGCGGAAUCCCGGCUUGGCCAAAUCUUUCGCCUUGUUAGUCGCCAAUAUGAAAGCCAAAAUAGCUAGACUACAGUACAAGGCACUGUCCUCUGCCGAUUCAUUGAGCAAUUUGGAAGAGGGUCUUUAUUUUAAGCCGACUAGAAGCAGCGACGAGAGAGACGGUUUUCAGGUUCGCAGCAGGAGUAUGUUCAACCUCGAGGAAGCCAGACAUGGACAAAAAGAAAGCUAUCAGUUGGAAAAUCGUGUUCCUUUGGACCAAAGCUUACCUGAGCGUGUUAAGCUACGCACCGCUUUUUCUUUGGCGGACUUCGGCAAAUUUAUCAGGUCUGCUGCCCCAAACAAGAAGAAUGAACUAUCGAGCAUUUAG